UCGCUCCGAGCCCCGCAUCGCACAGAGCGACUCUCACACAGAGAGACUUCUCACACAGAGACACACACACAGAGACACACACAGACAGAGAGAGAGAGAUACGCUCACACACAGAGAGACACACACAGAGACACACACACAGAGAGACACACACACAGACACACACAGAGACUCUUACACAGAGACCCAGAACCCUCGCCCAAUCUCCAGUGGCAAGCCGCGUGCAGCAGAAAACUUCAGACGAGUCGCGGACGCGGCCACUGACAGCGACCGGACGGACGGAGCCGCGAUGGGGGUCUCUACCGCCAUCCUGGCGGCGUCCACGCUCCUGGCCCUGCUGGGCCCCGUCUCGGGCGAGCCGGAGAUGCCCCACGGCUGCGCUCAGGGCAGCUGCUACCCAGCCACGGGCGACCUGCUGGUGGGGCGCAGCGACCGCCUCGGGGCCUCCUCCACGUGCGGCCUUGCGCAGCCGCAGCCGUACUGCAUCGUGAGCCACCUGCAGGAUGAGAAGAAGUGCUUCACGUGCGACUCGCGCGAGGAGGUGGGCGGCGGCGGCGGCUACGGCGCCCUGAGCCACGGCGUGCACAACGUCAUCACCGCCUUCGCCCUCGACCGCAAGAAGGCCUGGUGGCAGAGCGAGAACGGCGUGGAGAACGUGACCCUGCGUCUCGACCUGGAGGCUGAGUUCCACUUCACCCACCUCAUCAUGACCUUUAAGACGUUCCGCCCGGCGUCGCUGCUCAUCGAGCGCUCCGCCGACUUUGGCCGCACGUGGCAGAUCUACCGCUACUUCGCCUACGACUGCUCCGCCGCCUUCCCCGGCGUGGCCACGGGGCCGCUGCGCCGCGUGGACGACGUCAUCUGCGAGUCGCGAUACUCGGACAUCGAGCCGUCCACCGAGGGGGAGGUCAUCUUCCGAGUGCUGGACCCAGCCAUCAAGAUCACCGACCCCUACAGCCCGGCCAUCCAGAGCCUGCUGAAGAUCACGAACCUGCGCAUCAACUUCACGCGGCUGCACACGCUGGGGGACAACCUGCUGGACUCGCGCGUCGAGAUCAAGGAGAAGUACUACUACGCGCUGUACGAGCUCGUCGUGCGCGGCAACUGCUUCUGCUACGGCCACGCGAGCGAGUGCGCGCCCAUCGACGGCGUGCGCGGGGACGUCGACGGCAUGGUGCACGGGCGCUGCGUGUGCAAGCACAACACCGAGGGGCUCAACUGCGAGCGCUGCGAGGAUUUCUACAACGACAUGCCGUGGCGCCCGGCCGAGGGGCGCAACACCAACGCCUGCAAGCGCUGCAACUGCAACAACCACGCGGUGCGGUGCCACUUUGACGGCGCGGUGUUUGCCGCGACGGGGAACGCCAGCGGCGGCGUGUGCGAGGACUGCCAGCACAACACGGCCGGGCGCAGCUGCGAGCUCUGCAAACCCUUCUUCUACCAGGACCCGCUGCGCGACAUCCGCGACGCCGCCGUCUGCGUUCCGUGCGACUGCGACCCCGACGGCUCGCUGAACGGGGGGAUGUGUGACGGACACACCGACCCGUCGGCGGGGCUCGAGUCCGGGCAGUGCCGCUGCAAGGCGCACGUGGAGGGGCCGCGGUGCGACCAGUGCCGGGCCGGAUUCUACGGACUCGACGCCGAGCAGCCCGACGGAUGCCAGCCUUGCCACUGUAACCCGCUGGGCACGGUGGGUGGCGCCGCGGCAUGCGACGCCGUCACCGGCGACUGCUACUGCAAGCGUCUCGUCACGGGGCGCAGCUGCGACCAGUGCCUGGCGGAGCACUGGGGACUGAGCCACGACGGGAGCGGGUGCCGCCCGUGCGAGUGCGACGUGGGAGGCGCCGUCGACAACCGGUGCUCCGUGGAGUCGGGGCAGUGCCACUGCCGCGGCCACAUGGGCGGGCGGCCGUGCUCGCAGCCGGACUCGGGCUUCUUCUGCAUGGCGCUCGACCACUACACGUACGAGGCCGAGACCGCGCUGCCCGUCGACUCCAACGGCACCCCCGGGGGGCUGGCGGAGUCCCUGCUGACCCCCUCGUUGUGUGAGGAGCGAGAGCGCGUCAAGCAAGGCCUCCCCACAGGCCGGGGCCUGGCGCUGGUGCCGCGAGCCCCCACGCCGGGGCGCGCGCCCACGUGGACGGGGCCGGGCUUCGUGCGGGUGCCCGAGGGCGGCCGCCUCGAGUUCCGCGUCUCCGACGUCCCCCACUCCAUGGACUACGAGCUGCUCAUCCGCUACGAGCCGCAGCUGCCGGAGGAGUGGGAGGUGGUGCUGGUGACGGUGCUGCGCCCCAGCGACAUCCCCACGCACUCGCCGUGCGGGAACACCAUCCCGGCCGACGACCACCUCGCCGUGGCGCUGCCGCCCGGGUCGCGCUAUGUGGUGCUGCCCCAGGCCGUGUGCCUGGAGAAGGGAGUGAGCUACGUGAUCCGCGCCGACUUCACGCGCUACACGACGCACGAGCACACGGAGAGCGCCCACGUUCUCAUCGACUCGCUGGUGCUGCUGCCGCUCUACACAUCGCUGGAGAUGUUCUCCGGGGACGAUCGCGAGUCGACUCGGCGGCGCGAGAACUUUGACCGCUACCUGUGCCAGGAGAGCGGCAAGGCCGUGAUGAAGCAGCCGGUGACGGAGGUCUGCGCCGGCCUCAUCUGCAGCCUGUCGGCGCUGCUGCACGACGGCGCCCUGCCGUGCCAGUGCGACCUGCAGGGCUCGCUGAGCACGGAGUGCGACCCCAACGGGGGUCAGUGCCAUUGCCGCCCCAACGUGGUGGGGCGGCGCUGUGACGCGUGCGCGCCUGGGACCUACGGCUUCGGGCCCAGCGGCUGCCUCUCGUGCGAGUGCAGCGACGAGGGCUCCCACCACGCAUUCUGCGACGCGCGCACCGGGCAGUGCCGCUGCCGGCACGGCGCGUACGGCCGGCGCUGCGACCACUGCCAGCCGGGCUACUGGGGCUUCCCGGCGUGCCGGCCCUGCCGGUGCAACGGCCACGCCGAGGAGUGCCACCCGGUCACCGGGACGUGCCACUCGUGCCGCGAGCACACCGCCGGGGAGAGCUGCGAGCGCUGUGCGGACGGUUACUAUGGAAACCCAGUGCUGGGCUCGGGCGAGCAGUGCCGGCCUUGCCCGUGUCCUGGCGGCCCCGGCUCCGGGCGUCACUUCGCCAGCUCGUGCCACGAAGACCCGCACUCGCAGCGCGUCGUCUGCAGCUGCCGUCCAGGAUACACCGGAUCGAGCUGCGAGGAGUGCGCCCCCGGUCACCACGGCAACCCGCACGAGGCGGGCGGCUCGUGCCGGCCCUGCCGCUGCCACGGCAACAUCGACCCGACCGACCCGGGGUCUUGCGACCGGCGCUCGGGCGUCUGCCUGCGCUGCCUGCACCACUCACACGGGCCCGACUGCGGCGCCUGCCUGCCCGGUUUCUACGGCAACGCCACGCAGCAGAGCUGCCAACGCUGCGCGUGCAGCCCGCACGGCGUGGACCCGCGCCGCUGCCCGCCGGGCGGCGCGCUGUGCGAGUGCGACGCGGCGACGGGGCAGUGCCCGUGCCGGCCGCACGCGCUGGGACGCGCGUGCGAGCACUGCGCGCCCGGCCACUGGGGCCUGGCCGAGGGCGAGGGGUGCCGUGCGUGCGCCUGCGACCGCACCAAGGCGCUCGGCGACGCCUGCAACGAGUUCACAGGGCAGUGCGAGUGCCAGCCCGGCUUCGGGGGCCGCUCCUGCACCGAAUGCAUGGAGAACUUCUGGGGCAAUCCCAGCGUCGAGUGCAUCGCGUGCCAGUGCGAUGCGCGUGGGAUCUCCACGGCGCAGUGCGAGCGAGCAACGGGACACUGCGUGUGCCGCGCCGGCGUGGCGGGGGUGCGCUGCGACACGUGCGCGCGCGGGUUCUCCGGGAGCUUCCCGCACUGCGAGCCUUGCCACCAGUGCUUCGGGGACUGGGACCGCAUCGUGCAGUCGCUGGCGGAGCGGUCGCGCGGCCUGGCGGAGCGCGCCGCUCGCCUCGCCGAGUCGGGAGCCGUCGGCGCCUUCGGGGAGCAGUUUGGAGCCCUGGAGGAGAAGCUGGCGGAGGCGCGGAGGAUCGUGGACGGGCGCGUCGCCACGGCCCACUCCGUCACCGCCCUCAUCGGCUCCAUGGAGGACAUCCGGAAAAUGAUCGAUGAGCUGACGAACCGGCUGACGCCGCUGGAGAUCGACCUCACGGAAAGCCAGGACCGGAACGCCAACGCCACGGGGCGGAUCGCGGAGCUGGAGCGCGACGUGCGGCGCCUGAACCGCACCGCCGGCGGCCUGGAGCACCAGCUGGAUGUCAUCAAGAACUCCAAUUACCGCGGCGCGUACGACAGCGUGCGCCAGCUGCACGCCGACUCGCUGGCGGCGGAGUCGCGAGCCAACGCCUCCGUGGCGGGCGACGGGAGCCCGGUGGGCCGCUCGGCCGACGCCCGCUCGCGAGCCCGGGCGCUGCUCGAGGCCUCGCGCGACGACUUCCGGCGCAAGAACGCGGCCGGGCGCGACGCGCUGGAGACGCUCGCGGACGACGUGCGCUCGCUCAGCCUGCGCACCGUCAGCGAGAAGGUGUGCGGCUCCCCGGGUGACGAGCCGUGCUCGGACUCCCCGUGCGGGGGCCCCGGCUGCCGGGACGAGGACGGUGCCCCGCGCUGCGGGGGCCUGGGCUGCAACGGCGCUGCCACCGCCGCCACGGAGGCGCUGGAGCGAGCGCGCAACGCCGACCUGGAGAUCCAGCAGGCCGCGGCGCAGGUGGAGGAGCUCAACAAGCAGGUCCAGGAUGCGCGUGCGAGGUCGCACCAGGCCCGGGGGCAGGCGGAGGCGGCGCUGGACAGAGCCAACAGGACGCGGGAGCGCGCACAGCGCGCCAACGCUCAGCUCCGCGCCCUCAUCCAGCAGAUCAAGGACUUCCUGCAGCAGGACAGCGCCAGCCCCGACGACAUCGAGCUGGUGUCGAACCGCGUGCUGGAGCUGAGCGUGCCGGCGUCGGCCGAGCAGACGCACGAGCUGGCGGCCGAGAUCAAGCGGCGCGUCGCCGACCUCGCCAACGUGGACGCCAUCCUGGCGCAGACGAGCGGCGACAUCGCCGACGCCAACAGCCUCCUGCAGGAGGCGCGCGACGCCAAGACGCGUGCCGAUGACGUGUUGGCGACGGCGGAGGGAGUGAAGGGGGCACUGGAGGAUGCGGAGAUGGCGCAGAAAGCGGCGCAAGAGGCGAUCAAUCAGGCGAAGGGAGACAUCCAAGGGGCGCAGAACACACUGGCAUCGAUCGCGUCGGAGACGGACUCCGCGGAGCAGCGUCUGCGCGAGGCGGCAGAGCGCGCGGCGCGCCUCGACGACGCCGUCGCGGCGCUCAAGAUCAAGAGCAGCCAGGCCGCCAUGGCCGGCACGCGCGCCGACAAGGCCGCGGGGAACGCCAAGCUCCGCGCCGACGAAGCCAAGCAGAUCCUAGGCGGGGAGCUGAGGGAGAAGUUCGGCUUGCUGGAGACGCAGGCUCGAAGCAAGGCGGACGGCGCCACCACGGCGCGCCAGCGAGCCGAGGCCCUGCGCGAUCAGGCCCGCAAACUCCUCACCGGUGCACAGGACAAGCUGCAGAGGCUCAUGGACCUGGAAGAGCAGUACGAGAGGAACGAGCAGGCGCUGGAGGACAAGGCUCGCUCGCUGGACGGACUCGAGGAGAAGAUGCAAGCCAUCCUGCACGCCAUCAACCGCCAGAUCACCGUCUACAACACGUGCCAGUGAUCGGCGGCACGCACGCACGCACGCACUCGCACACACACACACACGCACGCACGCACUCGCACACACACACGCACGCUCUCACGCGCGAUAGGCAUGCAAUGAUUCAGGGAUCCGUCAACUAAGAAGCCGAUCACUUUGGUUUUGUUAAACGUUUUAUGCGAAGAUUUGUGUUGGGUUACAGUCAUUACGCGUGAGAUGGCCCGAACUAGACAGACGAUUUGAGAUGGAUAAAAAAAACAAUCGGUUGGUGAAAACCGCAUCGUGACGGCGAACUCGUACAAUUUGUCAAAUCGCGGGGGAGGUGGGGUGAACUGUUACAUGCCUACUGCGCGCACACGCAUGUUUACGCAUUCACGCACGCACACACGUGUGCACGUGCUCUCGCUGGAACGCUACGCGCGCACGAUUCGAUUUCGUUGCGGGAGAAGUCGAGAUUUGUUUUGCCCCAGUGCCUUCAUCAGGUGACCUCAAGGCUCCUUUAAACCGGCUCUGUUUAGCGGCCACACCAAUCAGCACGGCGAUCCCACGGAUGUUUACCAAAGCGGUCCGUUUGGGCGGUCGAAAUAAAAAUGCGCCCGGCAGUCGACCAUUUGGCACAGAGCAGUGGGUACCAAGCCUACGCUAACAGCAAAGCAUUAUGGGAAGGAACGUACUCUUUGGUUCUUUCGGUAAAGUCACGUAGGUGAAAAGGUAAAAUAAAAAAAAUAAAAAAAAUCACGACGUUUCGAUUGCAACACAAGCAAUCAUCAUCAGGUGUGACAACCACAGCAAGAUUUUUUUUUUACUGAAGUGGGAGAGAAGCCGGAGUUAAGGCGUUUAUAUAAAUCGAAGAGGGCGGUGGGGGGGGGGAAUAAGGGGAGGGGGAGCUGACUUUACCAAAAGAACCAAAGAGUAUGGAUCCUUGCAGUCACGAAAACUUCAAAUCUAGAAAGGGAAGAGGGACGUGUUGGAUCGCUCUGAUUGGUGGGAUGCUCGUGGCUGCUCAGUGCGCAGACAUUGGAGCGCUGCUCCUCGCUUUGUGCCUUUUCACCGUUACAAUCCCAAACAAUGUAUCACGUAGCUGUUUAUGCAGCCAUAGCAUCAGGAUUCAGAAAUGAAAUUCGCGUGAGGCCCACGUAACGAUCUGGCCACAUUUGUGUCGUUAGGUGGCGGGGAGGGUGUUAUCGACACAAAUGUGGCCAGGGCAUCACGUGGCCAAACCCAAAAAUCCAUUACAAAUCGUAACAAAGCAAUCCUAAGCAACAACAACAACAACGUCAAACAUACAGUGUGCACUACCAUCACUAAACACAAUUGUUGACCGUACAGUUCGCACACAAACACGUGGGGAGCCGUGGCCCAUUUUGCGGGUGCACUGUAUGUGUCCAUCUUCUUGGUUCUUUCGGUAAAGUCACGUAGAAGGGAAAUAAUAAAAUAAUAAAAAUAAAACAUAAUAAAAUAAUUCUCACGACGUUUCGGCC